AAUUGUCUAGGGAGCAUGGACCCAAUUACCUCUGUUGCUGCCCAAAGUGCCCUAGAAAUUGCAAAACAAGUGGUCAAUCGACAAGUGGGUUACAUAUUUCAUUACAAAGACAAAUUGAAAGAGGUGGAACAAUACAUUGAGAGGCUGAAUGAUACUAGGAAGAGGGUUCAAAAUGAAGUUAAUUCUGCAGAGAAGAACGGAGAAGAAAUUGAAGAUGACGUUCAGCAUUGGUUAAAAAAGGUGGAUGAAAAGAUAAAAAAAUAUGAGUGUUUUAUUAAUGAUGAACGCCAUGCACAGACAAGGUGUUCCAUUAGAUUGAUCUUUCCAAAUAACUUGUGGUUGAGGUAUCGGUUAGGCAGAAAUGCUACAAAGAUGAUAGAGGAAAUCAAAGCCGAUGGACAUUCAAAUAAAAGGUUUGAUAAAGUUUCAUAUCGGUUGGGCCCAUCCUUCGAUGCUGCUUUGUCAAACACCGGUUAUGUGAGCUUUGGUUCGAGAAAUGAAAUUAUGAAGAAGAUUAUGAAAGCACUGGAAGACUCGACAGUUAAUAUUGUUGGAGUUUAUGGGGCUGGUGGUGUGGGUAAGACUACUUUAGUCAAAGAAGUUGCUAACAAAGCUCGAGAAAAGAAGUUGUUCAAUAUGGUGGUCAUGGCAAAUGUAACAAGAAUUCCAGACAUACAAAAAAUUCAAGAACAAAUUGCUGAGAUGUUGGGAAUGAGAUUGGAAGAGGAAAGUGAAAUUGUAAGAGCAGAUCGCAUUCGAAAGAGGUUAAAGAAAGAAAAGGAGAACACCCUUAUAAUCCUAGAUGAUCUCUGGGAUGGAUUGAACUUGAAUAUAUUGGGGAUUCCACGUAGUGAGGAUGACAAUGGGAGCCAACAAGAUGUCAAUGAUUUAUCUGAUUUUGGUUACAAUAAUAUGGAAAAAGAAGUAUUUUCUGCCGAUUUCAAUAUGAUGAAAAAAGACAAGUUAUCUGUUGAUUCCAAUACGAUAAAAAAAGAAAAGUUAUCAGGUGAUCACAAGGGAUGCAAAAUUCUUCUAACAUCUAGAAGUAAAGAAGUAAUAUGUAAUAAAAUGGAUGUGCAGGAGAGAUCAACUUUCUCGGUAGGAGUCCUUGAUGAAAACGAGGCAAAGACUUUGCUUAAGAAAGAGGCUGGAAUACAUGUCCAAAGUUUUGAGUUUGAUGAGAAAGUCAUUGAGAUUGCCAAAAUGUGUGAUGGAUUGCCUAUAGCAUUAGUUUCCAUAGGAAGGUCACUAAAGAAUAAAAGCUCCUUUGUAUGGCAGGAUGUCUGUCAACAAAUUAAAAGACAAAGUUUUACAGAAGGGCACGAAUCUAUGGACUUCUCUGUAAAGUUGAGUUAUGAUCAUCUAAAAAAUGAGCAGUUAAAACAUAUUUUUUUACUGUGUGCUAGAAUGGGAAAUGAUGCUUUGAUUAUGAACUUGGUGAAGUUCUGUAUUGGGUUGGGUUUGCUUCAAGGGGUCCACACAAUUAGAGAAGCGAGAAACAAAGUAAAUAUACUGAUAGAGGAGCUAAAAGAAUCAACUUUGUUGGGGGAAAGUUACUCUCGUGACCGCUUCAACAUGCAUGACAUUGUGCGGGAUGUUGCUCUUUCAAUAUCAUCCAAAGAAAAACAUGUAUUUUUUAUGAAAAAUGGCAUACUAGAUGAGUGGCCACACAAAGAUGAACUUGAAAGGUACACUGCUAUAUGUUUACACUUUUGUGAUAUCAAUGAUGGGCUUCCCGAGAGUAUACACUGUCCUAGACUUGAAGUCUUACAUAUAGACAACAAAGAUGAUUUUUUGAAAAUACCAGACAACUUUUUUAAGGAUAUGAUUGAACUCAGAGUCUUGAUAUUGACUGGUGUUAAUCUUUCAUGCUUACCUUCUUCUAUUAAAUGCCUAAAAAAACUGAGAAUGCUUAGUUUGGAGAGAUGCACUCUAGGAGAGAACUUAUCAAUCAUUGGAGAGUUAAAGAAAUUACGAAUUCUUACUCUUUCAGGAUCUAACAUUGAAAGUUUGCCUCUUGAAUUUGGGCAAUUGGAUAAGCUGCAACUUUUUGACAUAAGCAAUUGCUCAAAACUAAGAGUAAUACCUUCCAAUAUCAUAUCAAGGAUGAACAGUUUGGAAGAGUUUUACAUGAGAGACAGCUUGAUUCUGUGGGAGGCUGAGGAGAAUAUCCAAAGUCAAAAUGCUAGUCUUUCUGAGUUGAGGCACUUGAAUCAGUUGCAAAAUCUAGACAUACACAUUCAAAGUGUUUCCCAUUUUCCGCAGAACUUGUUUUUGGACAUGUUGGAUAGUUACAAGAUUUUCAUUGGUGAAUUCAACAUGCUUACAGUGGGAGAAUUCAAAAUCCCUGACAUUUAUGAAGAAGCGAAAUUUUUGGCAUUGAACCUAAAAGAAGGUAUUGACAUUCAUUCUGAAACAUGGGUUAAAAUGUUGUUCAAGAGUGUUGAAUAUUUGCUGCUGGGACAACUCAAUGAUGUUCAUGAUGUUUUUUAUGAAUUAAAUGUUGAAGGAUUUCCAUAUUUGAAACAUUUAUCCAUUGUAAACAAUUUUGGUAUUCAAUAUAUUAUCAACUCAGUGGAGCGGUUUCACCCUUUACUGGCUUUUCCCAAAUUGGAGUCCAUGUGUCUUUACAAACUGGAUAAUUUGGAGAAAUUAUGUGGCAAUAAUCAGCUUGAAGAGGCCUCUUUUUGCAGACUAAAAAUCAUCAAGAUUAAAACAUGUGAUAAAUUGGAAAACAUUUUCCCAUUUUUCAUGGUAAGACUUCUCACCGUGCUUGAAACAAUUGAAGUGUGUGACUGUGAUUCUCUGAAGGAGAUAGUUUCUGUUGAAAGACAAACACAUACUAUCAAUGAUGACAAGAUUGAGUUCCCUCAAUUACGACUUUUAACAUUGAAAUCUUUACCAGCAUUUGCUUGUUUAUAUACCAAUGACAAGAUACCUUGUAGUGCACAUUCAUUGGAAGUCCAAGUGCAAAACAGAAACAAAGAUAUUAUCACUGAAGUUGAGCAAGGUGCCACCAGUUCUUGCAUAUCACUCUUCAAUGAAAAGGUUUCAAUUCCCAAAUUAGAAUGGUUGAAGUUAUCCUCAAUCAACAUCCAGAAGAUAUGGAGUGACCAAUGUCAGCAUUGUUUUCAAAAUUUGCUUACAUUGAAUGUGACAGAUUGUGGUGAUUUAAAAUAUUUACUGUCAUUCUCCAUGGCUGGAAGUUUGAUGAAUCUACAAAGCAUUUUUGUAAGUGCUUGUGAAAUGAUGGAGGAUAUAUUUUGUCCAGAACAUGCAGAGCAGAAUAUUGAUGUUUUUCCUAAGUUGAAGAAAAUGGAGAUCAUCUGCAUGGAGAAACUUAAUACCAUUUGGCAACCCCAUAUUGGUCUUCAUUCCUUUCACAGUUUGGACUCUCUGAUAAUAAGAGAGUGCCACAAACUUGUUACGAUUUUUCCUAGUUAUAUGGGGCAAAGAUUUCAGAGCCUUCAAAGCUUGAUAAUUACAGAUUGCAAGUUAGUGGAAAACAUAUUUGACUUUGAAAAUAUUCCACAAACUGGUGUUAGGAAUGAAACAAACUUGCAAAAUGUAUUUCUAGAGGCGUUGCCAAAUUUGGUGCAUAUAUGGAAGAAUGACAGCUGUGAAAUACUUAAAUAUAAUAAUUUGCAAAGCAUAAGCAUUAAUGGGUGUCCGAAUUUAAAGCAUCUCUUUCUACUUUCUGUUGCCACUGACUUAGAAAAAUUGGAAAUCCUUGAUGUGUACAACUGCAGGGCAAUGAAGGAGAUUGUUGCUUGGGAUAACGGUUCAAAUGAAAAUCUUAUCACCUUUAAGUUUCCGCGGCUAAACAUUGUAUCAUUAAAAUUAUCAUUUGAGCUUGUGAGUUUCUAUAGAGGAACUCACACUUUAGAGUGGCCAUCAUUGAAUAAAUUGUCCAUAGUCGAUUGUUUCAAGCUGGAAGGGCUCACUAAAGAUAUCACAAACUCACAAGGGAAGCCAAUUGUUUUGGCUACAGAAAAGGUGAUAUACAACUUGGAAUCUAUGGAAAUGAGCUUGAAGGAAGCAGAGUGGUUGCAGAAAUACAUUGUUAGUGUUCACAGAAUGCACAAACUACAAAGACUUGUCUUGUAUGAAUUGAAGAAUACUGAAAUUCUCUUUUGGUUUCUUCAUAGACUUCCCAAUUUGAAAAGCUUAACAUUGGGGAGUUGUCACUUGAAAAGUAUUUGGGCUCCUGCAAGCCUCAUUUCACGUGAUAAAAUAGGUGUUGUUAUGCAACUUAAGGAGUUGGAAUUAAAGAGUUUGUUGUCUUUAGAAGAGAUAGGAUUCGAGCAUGACCCACUUCUUCAGAGGAUAGAGCGCUUAGUCAUUUAUCGAUGUAUAAAAUUGACAAAUUUAGCAUCAUCCAUAGUAUCUUACAGUUACAUAAAACAUUUGGAAGUGAGGAAUUGUAGAUCGAUGAGGAAUUUAAUGGCAUCCUCAACUGCUAAAAGCUUGGUUCAACUCACAACCAUGAAGGUAUUCUUAUGUGAAAUGAUUGUGGAAAUCGUUGCAGAAAAUGAAGAGGAAAAAGUACAAGAGAUUGAGUUUAGACAAUUAAAAUCUUUAGAAUUGGUGUCUCUAAAAAAUCUCACAAGUUUUUGCAGUUCCGAGAAGUGUGACUUCAAAUUCCCAUUACUGGAAAGUUUAGUAGUGAGUGAGUGCCCUCAAAUGAAAAAAUUCUCGAAAGUCCAAAAUAUUCCAAACCUUAAAAAAGUACAUGUUGUAGCCGGAGAAAAAGACAAAUGGUACUGGGAAGGUGAUUUGAAUGCCACUCUACAAAAACAUUUCACAGAUCAGGUUUCUUUCGAAUAUUCAAAGCAUAAGAGACUUGUUGAUUAUCCUGAGACCAAGGGUUUUCGGCACGGCAAACCUGCUUUUCCGGAGAACUUCUUUGGCUGUUUGAAGAAAUUGGAAUUUGAUGGAGAAAGUAUAAGACAGAUUGUAAUUCCAUCUCAUGUACUUCCUUACUUGAAGACCUUAGAAGAAUUGGAUGUACAUAACUCCGAUGCAGCGCAGAUAAUAUUUGACACCGUUGACACUGAAAUAGUCUUUCGUUUGAAAAAGCUUACUCUAAAAUACUUGUCAAGUUUGAAAUGUGUAUGGAACAAAUACCCACCAGGAACUUUAAGCUUUCGCAAUUUGCAAGAAGUGGUCGUUCUAAAUUGUAGAAGCUUGUCAACACUGUUCCCUUUCUCCCUUGCCCGAAAUCUUGGAAAACUUAAGACCCUUCAAAUACGGAUCUGUCACAAGUUGGUAGAAAUUGUUGGAAAGCAAGAUGCAACGGAACAUGGAACAAAUGAAAUAUUUGAAUUCCCUUCUUUAUCCUGGAUAUACUUUUGGAGUAUGCCAAUGCUUAGUUUCUUUUAUCCUAGAAAACACCAUCUGGAAUGCCCCAUAUUAGAAAAAUUGCAUGUGUCCUAUUGUCCUAAGUUGAAGCUAUUCACAUCAGAAUUUCAUAAUAGUCACAAAGAAGCAGUUACAGAGGCUCCAAUUAGCCUGCUACAACAACAACCUCUGUUCUCAGUUGAUAAGAUUGUUCCCAAUCUGAAGGAAUUGACACUCAAUGAGGAAAACAUUAUGUUGUUGAGCGAUGCACAUUUGCCAGAAGACCUCCUUUUCAAAUUAAAUUUUCUUGCUCUAUCCUAUGAGAAUGAUGACAAUAAGAAAGAGACUUUGCCUUUUGAUUUCCUUCAGAAGGUACCCAGCUUAGAUUAUCUUCUAGUGGAAAGGUGCUAUGGUCUGAAGGAGAUAUUUCCCUCUCAGAAACUACAAGUUCAUGACCCUUCACUUCCCGGAUUGAAACAAUUAAUCCUGUUAGAUCUUGGAGAGCUGGAGUCGAUAGGGUUAGAGCACCCAUGGGGUAAGCCAUACUCUCAAAAACUUCAAUUAUUAAUGCUUUGGAGGUGCCCUCAGUUAGAAAAACUAGUGAGCUGUGCAGUGUCUUUCAUCAAUCUGAAAGAGUUGCAAGUGACGUACUGUCAUAGGAUGGAGUAUUUAUUGAAAUGCUCAACUGCCAAAAGUUUGUUGCAACUUGAGAGCCUAUCUAUAAAAAAUUGUGAAUCAAUGAAGGAAAUAGUAAAAAAAGAAGAAGAAGAUGCUUCUGAUGAGAUCAUAUUUGGAUGCCUUAGAACAUUAAUGUUGGAUUCAUUACCAAGGCUAGUAAGGUUUUAUUCAGGGAAUGCCACUUUGCAUUUCACGUGUUUGCAAGUAGCGACAAUUGCUGAAUGCCACAAUAUGCAAACAUUCUCUGAAGGAAUUAUAGAUGCGCCAUUAUUUGAGGGGAUUAAAACUUCAACAGAUGAUGCUGAUUUAACCCCCCACCAUGAUCUCAACACGACAAUCGAGACCUUGUUUCACCAACAGGUAUUUUUUGAAUAUUCAAAGCAUAUGAUCCUUCUCGAUUACCUUGAGACAACGGGUGUUAGGCACGGCAAACCUGCUUUUCUGAAGAAUUUCUUGGGCAGUUUAAAGAAAUUAGAAUUUGAUGGAGCGAUUAAAAGAGAGAUUGUAAUUCCAUCUCAUGUACUUCCUUACUUGAAGACCUUAGAAGAAUUGAAUGUACAUAGCUCCGAUGCAGCGCAGGUAAUAUUUGACAUAGAUGACACUGAUGCCAACACCAAGGGAAUGGUCCUUCCAUUGAAAAAUCUUACUUUAAAAGACUUGCCAAAUUUGAAAUGUGUAUGGAACAAAAACCCCCAAGGUCUCGGCUUUCCCAAUUUGCAACAAGUGUUUGUUACUAAAUGUAGAAGCCUGGCAACAUUGUUCCCUUUGUCCCUUGCCAAAAAUCUUGGGAAGCUUCAGACACUUACAGUACUGAGGUGUGACAAGUUGGUAGAAAUUGUUGGAAAGGAAGAUGCAAUGGAACUUGGAAGAACAGAAAUAUUUGAAUUCCCUUGUUUGUUGGAGUUGUGUCUUUAUAAGCUGUCACUGCUUAGUUGCUUUUAUCCUGGAAAACACCAUCUGGAAUGCCCCGUAUUAAAAUGCUUGGAUGUGUCCUACUGUCCUAUGUUGAAGCUAUUCACAUCAGAAUUUCAAAAUAGUCACAAAGAAGCAGUUAUAGAGCAACCUCUUUUCAUGGUUGAAAAGGUUGAUCCCAAACUGAAGGAAUUGACACUCAAUGAAGAAAACAUUAUCUUGUUGAGGGAUGCACAUUUGCCACAAGACUUCCUUUACAAAUUAAAUAUUCUUGAUCUGUCCUUUGAUGAUUAUGAGAAUAAGAAAGAUACUUUGCCUUUUGAUUUCCUUCACAAGGUACCCAGUGUAGAAUGUCUUCGAGUGCAAAGAUGCUAUGGUCUCAAGGAGAUAUUUCCCUCUCAAAAGCUCCAAGUUCAUCACGGAAUACUUGCGCGAUUGAAUGACUUAUUCUUAAACAAACUAAAAGAGUUGGAGUCGAUAGGGUUGGAGCACCCAUGGGUAAAGCCAUACUCUGCAAAGCUUGAAAUAUUAAAUAUUCGCAAAUGCUCUCGGUUAGAAAAAGUAGUGUCUUGUGCAGUAUCUUUCAUUAGUCUCAAAGAGUUGUAUUUGAGUGACUGUGAAAGGAUGGAGUAUUUAUUCACAUCUUCAACGGUCAAAAGUUUGGUGCAACUUAAGAUCCUAUAUAUAGAAAAAUGUGAAUCAAUAAAAGAAAUAGUAAGAAAAGAAGAUGAAAGCGAUGCUUCUGAAGAGAUCAUAUUUGGACGGCUCACAAAAUUAUGGUUGGAAUCCUUAGGAAGGCUAGUAAGGUUUUAUUCAGGGGAUGACACCUUGCAAUUCUCAUGUUUGGAAGAAGCCACCAUAACUGAAUGCCCCAAUAUGAAUACUUUCUCUGAAGGAUUCGUAAAUGCGCCAAUGUUUGAGGGGAUUAAAACUUCAAGGGAGGAUUCUGAUUUAACAUUCCACCAUGAUCUCAACUCCACAAUCAAGAAGUUGUUUCACCAACAUGUGGAAAAGUCUGCAUGCAAUAUAGAGCAUUUGAAAUUUGGUGAUCACCAUCACCUAGAAUAGAUAUGGCUUGGUGUAGUUCCAAUCCCAAGUAAAAAUUGUUUCAACAGUUUGAAAUCUUUAACUGUGGUGGAAUGUGAAUCUUUAUCCAAUGUGAUUCCUUUUUAUUUACUGCGAUUUCUUUGUAACUUGAAAGAGAUCGAGGUAAGCAACUGCCAAUCUGUUAAGGCAAUAUUUGAUAUGAAAGGUACAAAGGCAGAUAUGAAGCCAGGUUCUCAGUUUUCUCUUCCUUUGAAGAAACUGAUUCUAAAUCAGUUGCCGAAUCUGGAGCAUAUCUGGAAUCCGAAUCCUGAUGAAAUUCUCAGCCUUCAAGAAGUGUGCAUUUCUAACUGUCAAAGCCUCAAAAGUUUGUUUCCAACAUCAGUGGCCAAUCAUCUUGCUAAGCUUGAUGUGAGAUCUUGUGCAACAUUGGAAGAAAUUUUUGUAGAAAAUGAAGCAGCCUUGAAGGGAGAAACUAAACUGUUCAAUUUCCAUUGUCUGACCUCAUUAACAUUAUGGGAAUUACCAGAGCUGAAGUAUUUCUACAAUGGAAAACACUCACUAGAAUGGCCAAUGCUAACACAACUAGAUGUAUAUCAUUGUGACAAGUUGAAAUUGUUUACAACUGAGCAUCAUAGUGGUGAAGUUGCAGAUAUAGAGUACCCACUUCGUACUUCAAUUGAUCAGCAAGCCGUUUUCUCAGUUGAAAAGGUUUUCCCAAACUUGGUGCAACUAUCACUCAAAAAGGAAGAUGCCAUAGGAAUUUUGCAAGGACAGAUUCAGGC